AUGGCUUCAAAUAACCAAGGAGUGAAGCCAAAGAAGGUGGCAGGGACAACAGGCAGAUUGCCAACUUGCAAGGAUUCAUCACUAUCCAUUCAGGACCAGAAAUUUGAUGAGGUGCCAGUGAGAAUUUAUCAAUCUAAGGAAACAUACACUACAAAGCGAAAAGCUUUCUUAUUCUUCCAUGGAGGAGCUGGUACACAUGGAACCCUUGAUGACUAUGAAAAAAUUAUGCGGUAUAUUGCGAAAGAAGGUAAUGCAGUGGUCGUAGCUGUCGCAUAUGGUCUUGGCCCAGAGAAUCCUUACCCAAACCAGUUUUACGAAUGUCUAAAUGCCACUUUCCACUUAAUGAAGCAUGUGGAUGAUUAUCACAUUGAUGCGUCCCGUAUUAUCCUCAGUGGAGACAGCUGUGGAGCAAAUUUUGCAACUCGGAUUUGCCAGGUACUGGCGGGCAGAGAAGACCUCCCCAAAAUUCACGCUCAGGUUCUAAUCUACCCAGCACUGCAGGGAAUGGAUUUUGAUUUGCCCUCAUACCAGCAAAAUGCCAGAGCGCCUCUCAUGUGGCGAGAGAUGGUCCCCUAUUUCUGCUGCCUUUUCCUCAACAAGCAACCAUCCUUGACCACCAACAUUCUGGAGGGCCAGCACGUUCCUGAAGAAAUGAGGCAGAAGUACAGGAAGUGGGUGAGUGGCGACCUCGUUCCAGAAGAAUUCAAAGUCAGAGGCUACAAACCACGAGACCCGGCCUCAUACACAUUUAAGCCGGAAGUAUACGAAGAAAUGAAGACCAUUUUGGACGUGAUGUUUUCGCCGCUUUUCGCCGAGGAUGAUGUCAUCCAGAAGCUCCCCCAGACAUGCAUUUUGACCUGCGAGUAUGACGUUCUGCGGGACGAUGGGCUGCUGUACAAGAAGCGGCUGGAGGACAACGGUGUCCCCGUAAACUGGAUCCAUAUUGAGAACGGCCUGCAUACAAGCGCCGUCACCUUUGGCUAUGGGCUAUUGACCCUUCCAUCAGCAAAAAGAAUUGUGCAGGACAUUGCAGAAGUCGUUAAAAACUUAUGA